AUGGUGACGAACAAGCGAAGUAGGGGUAAGAUUCUGCUGUGGAAUGGAGUAUUGGAGAAGGUGUUGCGGGGUCACCAGCCCCCUGGAGGGGAGCUAGUAUCCCUACCAUGUCCAGAGUACUACAGGGACUUCGAUCCACAGAAAAGAGCAACAAGGAGAUGCUUGGAGGAUGGAAGAUGGUACUGGAGUGAUGAGUCCAAUGCCACAUGGACUAACUACACAGAGUGCUUCAGUAAGAAGGCACCUUACGUGUUUCCCACACCUUCAACCCUUAUUUCUAGUUACCUGCCCAUAGUAAAAGCAGUUUCACAGAUCGGCUACAGUGUCUCUCUCAUUACACUUAUAGUUGCUUUCUGCAUCCUAGCAACUUUCAAGGGUUUGAGAUGUCCUCGAAACAAACUACACAUGCAUUUAUUCCUGUCGUUUAUUCUACGAGCUUGCACAACCCUGUUCAAGGAUCUGGUAACCGACUCUCUAUCUUCAAGACUGGUUAUUAGUGAGACUUCAGUCAGCGAGACUGUAAUUUUACAUCAACAAACAGAAGACUGGACAACCUGCAGAGCCGUGACAAGCCUGUGGCAGUAUUUUCUGCUGGCCAAUUACUGCUGGAUUCUGAUGGAGGGAUUAUAUCUGCACAAUCUGAUAUUUUUGGCGCUUUUUACCGACUCUUCCUCCAUUGCGUUGUACAUUGUUCUCGGUUGGGGUUUACCAGCAAUAUUCGUUCUGCCAUGGAUAUUUGUACGAGCAGCCUGGGAAAACACUCUAUGCUGGACUACAAACUCAAACCCGUAUUACCUCCUUCUAAUAAGGGGCCCUACUACAGUAUCAAUACUGAUAAACUUCGCUCUCUUCAUCAACAUUGUGAGAGUACUUCUGUCAAAACUGCAGGCUUCUAUUUGUGAGGAGAAUAAAAAGUUCAGGAAAUGGGCGAAAUCCACCCUUGUUCUUGUGCCGUUGUUUGGAGUUCAUUACGCAAUUUUCAUUGGAAUGUCAUACGUUGAGGGAUCUGAAAAAUUGGAAAUUGCCUGGCUGUUUGGAGAUCAACUAUUUGCCUCGUUCCAAGGAUUCUUCGUAGCCGUGUUAUACUGCUUCCUGAACGGCGAAGUUAGGACAGAGAUCAGUAAAAAAUGGCGCCGCUGGUGGAGGAGCAGAAAGUCGAGUCCCCACAACUCCAACUAUGUCGACAAAAAUGCCUAUGGACGGUGUUCCACACUGAGAGGAUGCUUCAAUGCGCUUGCGCACGGCAAGAAUGGCUACAACAUGCGAGAAGGAGAUUAUAGUAAACGAGAAAGUACGUAG